AUGGCAGAUUCAGAUUCGAGUGUUUCUGAUAUGGAAGGAUCCAUUAGCAGCGGGGAGGUGUGGUCAACACUUUCAGAGGAUUGGGAGAUCAGCUCUGAGGAGACUGACCCGGAGGAGACAUUUAGGGAGAGAGUGGAUUACUCUUCGAUUAGCCAUCACACUCGUGGGCAAUUGGCGAAGAGUGGCGAGCUUGAGAAUGAGGACCUUGAAGAGGAGGACUCUGAGGAGGAGGACCCCAUAAAGGAGGAUUCCGAGGAGGAGGACCCCGAGGAGAACCCUAUGGAGGAUGAGGAUCCUGCGGAGGAGCCUAUGGAGUGGGAAUUUGAGGUGGCACCAGAGCCUCUACUUGGUGAGAUCCUAGAAGGAGUUCCUCUUGGUUGGGACCUUGACCUAGAUGAGGAGGAUUGGGCAUGGGAGGAUGAGCCGAUGGUAGAGGAUCCUACAGAGGGCGAUGAGCAGGAGGAGAUCAGCCUCGACGGUAGUGAACCACAGCCGACUGAGGCCUCUGAUACAGAAUCUACUUCUAGCAGCCCUUCCACCUCUUCCUAG